AUGGAGCUCAUCACUCACAACAGAAGCAGCAGCCUCUCAGACUGUAACUCCAGCUACUCCAACUGUUCAAAGGAUUUGGACCAUUUUGACCCCUUUUACUACAACCACCCUCUCGGUAAAGCGGUGGACUGGCUCAUAAUUGGCGUGGGGCUGCCGGCAAUUGGCCUGGCCGGUUACGCCCUGUUCCGGCUGGACAGGGCUGACUACGUCGCCCCCGUAUUCGUCAUCAACCUGCUGAUCUCCGACUUGCUGCAGAUCGCCAUCACAGCCGUCUUCAUCGCCAGCCGAUACUUCGACGCCGAGAUGGCCGCUCUCAGGACGGCUCGCGCCGUGUCCAGGGUGAUCGUGCACCUGGGCCUGGCCGCCAGCCUGGCCUUCAUGCUGUGCAUCUCCCUGGAGAGGUACCUGCUGGUGGCCCACGCUGUGUGGCACCGCUCCCAUCGUUCCGUCCGGCUCUCCGUCUCCCUGUCCCUGGCCGUGUGGGCCGCCGCCCUGGUGUACGUGGUCCUCGAGUACAUGCUUUCCCCCGACGGGGCGCACUCGCAGGUGGUGUUCUCCGUCACCUCCCUGCUGCCUGCCCCCUUCCUCGUGUUCUCCUGCGUGGGGACCUGGAGGGCUCUGCGCAGGAGCCUGUCCCUGCAGAGGGGGGAGAGGAGGAGGGUGGUGGGGGCGCUGGCCCUGGUGGUGGGAAUAUACGCUGUUCUCUUCCUGCCAUUCAGCCUCAGGAACCUGUGCUACGCGCUCAGAGGGGACUCCGCCCCCGACCAGGCCAGCAUCCUCUCCUCCGUCGCCACGUCCUGCCUGCUGUACCUCAGCCCGCUGGCCGAUCCUUUCCUCUACAUCUUCAUGAGGAGGGACGUCAGACACGCGCUGGACUCCCUCUGCUGCAGGGCAGGGAGGCGAGGGAGAGACCAUCAGCUGCCCACAAUGUCUGACACUGUUACAUCUGUCUGA